UCAAAAACCACGCGUACCCUUCCUUUGUAUACGCCCUAACCUCCCCUAUUUAUCCCUCUCUCUCUCUCUCUCUCUCUCUGUGCUCUAUUAGCUGUCGGCCGUGUCCCAAACUUCGCCCCUUCCCUGCGUCUCUACACAGAAUUGCCGCGAUUUGAUUCGCCAUUAAAGCUCAGAUCCAAAACCUAGAGUUCUGUUUCUCUUUCGUAGAGGUCGUGAUCGGACUCGCCGUUUAAAUUUUCUCCGAAUCGCAUUUUUUGCCUUCUUUGUCGAUCCGAUGGCAUAUGAACAAAAUCACCAAGAACAUAUAGCGCAAUUUGAAUCCGAUGGAGAUGUUUCGAUAAAGCAAAAGUGGAAAUCAGUUUCAUCCCCAGCAACGGCUUCAGAAAACGUAACUGGCUGCUUUGAUUGCAACAUUUGCCUGGACUCAGCUCAUGAACCUGUGGUCACCCUGUGCGGUCACCUCUACUGCUGGCCUUGCAUUUACAAGUGGCUCCAUGUCCAAACCACCUCCUUCGAAACAGUGGAGGACCCCAAGUGUCCAGUCUGCAAGGCUAACAUUUCCCAAUCAUCAUUAGUCCCGUUAUACGGGCGCGGAACAUCUUCGUCUGAAUCCAAUGCCAAGAGUCACCACCUCGAUGUCAUCGUACCUCAUAGGCCUCGUGCUCUUGGGGUGCACACUCUGGUAACCGCUGCAACCCCAAUGACUUCCCAUCCAAAUCAACCGCUUCACACUAAUCCUUUCCAGUCACAGUCACAGCCUCAGCCAUUUCAUCACCCACAAUACUUCCCUCACGCUAAUGAUAAUUAUGCUUCCAUGACAUCAGCUAACUUAGGCAGCACGACAAUGACUAGCAUCUUCAGUCCAACAGUUGGGGUGUUUGGAGAUUUGGUCUUUGCAAGGAUGUUUGGGAGCUCAGAUGCGAGUUUGUUUUCUUAUCCUUACUCGAAUGCUUACCCUCUCGCAGGAAAUGGUGGCCCUAGGAUGAGGAGGCAUGAGAUGCAGAUUGAUAAGUCUCUCAACAGAGUUUCUAUCUUUCUUUUCUGUUGCUUUGUUUUAUGCCUUCUCUUGUUCUGAUUCUCUCUCCUUUCCUACUGUGUUUAUAUCUGUAAAAAUUAUGGCAUUAAACUCGUAAACAAUUAGGACUCGGAUAGAUUGAUUUUCAUUACCCAAGAGAUAUACUAGGAUGAGGGAUCUCUUAUGAGAUUGAUGUUUGCCUCCUGUAAAUCAGAGAUUUCUAUGAUUUUAUAUUUUUGUUGCCACUAAAAAUGGUUCAAUUUUUCAGUGC